UCAUUGUAUACCUAUAAUUUCAUAGUUUCCCAGAAAGAUCACGAAACAGAAUAUGUACUUGACAGAAGUGGUGGAAGUAUUUAUAGGCGUGUGGAACAAAAAGCCCAGAAAUUGUAUUACUAAAACAUGACAAACAGAUAAAACGUCCAUGUUACGAAAUGAAUUAACGGCCAGUACCCAUGAGUCGACGGAAAUAAGGGUUUUAAUUGGCUAAUUAACAGUAAUUAACUCCCCAAAACAAAAACAAAAAAAAAGAAGAAAAUUUGGCGUAAGGAAAGCGACAUAGCAAGCAUCAAAAUCAAAGAUUCCAGUUCCCUUGAGCAGACCCCCGGGUUAUAGGAGACAGCUGGUUUCACGAUGAUGGUCAAAACCCUGCAAUUUCAUUCCAAAUUUCUUCACCUUUCUCUAUUAAAAUAAGUAAAUCCUUUGAAAAAAAAUGCACUUCCAGUAUGAGAAAGAAUGUGGUCUGUUGAACUGAGAGACGAACUAGUUAUAAAAAUUUAAAUUAAGUAUUCCUAAAAUUUCGAGUUUGAGUUUAUAUGCAUGCAGUUAUUUAUGGCCAUUUCUGCCCCAAAAAACAAAAACUGCCACAUUUUUAUUACCCGUUAUUCACUUAUUUAUUAUUUACUGUGCACUAAACGGUUCAGAAAUUUACUUCAUUACUUUUACCCCUGCACGUUCCCAAUUCUCAUUUUACCUUUUCCCUCUCUAUGACUAUGCCAACAGCAAAGAUGAUUCUUCUCAGUUACUUUCUUUCCUGUCCACUCGUUUUCUGUCUUUUUCCUUUUCCUUGUCUCCUCCAUUUCUCUCUUCUUUACCGACUGCUAUUCCGAUUAAUUAAACCACCAAGCGGCUCUCUCUAAUGAGUCUUACUCUGAUUUUCAUCACGUUCUUCUUUCGACCCCGCUUUUCACAAUUACUGUAUUAUUAUUCCAUCCUGUAGAAACUUUUGAGCACGUCACGGUUCUUUCUUCUCCCUCAGGUUUCCUCCAAUCCAAGGGAAGCACCUCUUCAGGCUCCGAUUCUGUUCUGAGAUUACUUAGCCAAAUCAUCGUCUCAUUGUCCGGUUUUUAGAAUAAUCCAGAUGAUGAAAUCCGCGAUUAACGGAAUGUUUUCGAGGUCCAAAACGAGCAACGUCGGCGAUCAGAUAAGCGGCCUGAGGGAGGCGGAAUGGGAAUUAAGGCCAGGAGGAAUGCUGGUCCAGAAGCGUGAUUCAGAUGAGAACCAGAAUUUCGUUUCUGUUUCCACUCCCCCCAUUAAAAUCAAAGUCAAGUAUGCUUCAACCUAUCAUGAAAUUCGUAUAAGUUCUCAUGCAAGUUUUGGGGAAUUGAAGAAACUGUUGGCAGAGGCGACGGGAUUGCAUCCCCAGGAUCAAAAGAUCAUCUUCAAGAGCAAGGAGAGAGACUCUAAAUCAUACCUGGACGAAGUGAAAGUGAGAAAAGGAUCAAAAAUGGAGGUUGUGGAGGACAUUGAGGGCAGAGAACGGAGGGCACUGGAGAUAUCGAAACUCUCCAAGAAGAACAAGAGUUCAAAAUCCUUGAGCGAAAUCAAACUAGAGAUUGACAAAUACGCCGAGGAGGUUUCAGCUUUGGAAGCAUCAGCUUGUAAAGGCGAGAUUAUAGCAGAGAUGGAUGUGGACAAUUUGACUGACAAUUUGAUGAGAAUAUUGUUAAAACUGGAUGAAGUUGCAGCUGAGGGAGAUCUAAAAUUGCGGAGAAAAGAGCAGGUUAGGAGAGUUCAGAAGCAGAUUGAAGCUCUUGAUAAGUUGAAGGGAGCAUCAGACUCGAGGAAGCAGCAGCCAUUGGAACAUUCGGAGUCAUUUGUAGUGACAACAAAAUGGGAAACAUUUGACUAAGCAGCCAACAUUGGAGAUGAAACACGAAAUGAAUUAGCGAGUUUCCGGCUUGUUUUUGUUGUUCCAUUAGUCAUAUAAAAUUCUUCAUUCUUGGGAACAAGAUUUUUUUUUUUUUAAAUCAGCUUGAGAAUAAGAUUUAAUCUCUAUUGUGCUGAAACUGUUAUAGUUGCUAGUUGAGUUUUAGGGUUGUAAAAGGAAAUCGUCGAGUUGUGAAUAUGGAAACCGCGGAAUUUGCAGUGACAAAAUCAGUGUGCCAACGUGUGUGUCGGUGUGUUGGUGCUUAGCUGUGACCUGUGAACCUUUUUUCCCCGUGUUUUCUUUUUCUCUUUUAUUUAUUAAUUUUGAAAACUUGAGGUUUGUUUUCUUUUUGAUACUUUGGGGAGCGACAUUACUGUAACGAUUCGUCGCAUUAGAACAACGUUUUCCUCCUUCAGCUUGGGACCAUUACUCUUUUAGGGCAAUU